ACUCCUCUUUGGUAGCAUGCUAGUUGACGUUAGCGCCGCUGCUAGCAGGGAGAAAAGCUGUCUAACUAAUUGAUUAAAAUAGAGUCUUUGACGUUACUUUUUAACCUGUGAAUUUACAAGACAAAGUUUUUGAGUAACUCCUCCUCGCAGCACCUACUUUGUAACGUUAUUUGAGCUCUCUUACAAACUGUCAAACUUGUGUUAAUUACGUUACAGGUUAGCUAGUAAAGUUAGCCAUGUUUACAGAGCUCAACAGCAUCCUGAACACCACUCCCGACAGUUUCACACAGGGAGAAUUUAUCUUGGUCUCUGAGAGACAGAGUGAUGCCUCUUUCCUCAUUCACCACUUCCUGUCUUUUUACCUACGAGCACGCUGCAAAGUGUGUUUUCUGGGCCUGGUGCAGUCCUUCAGUCACUACAGUGCAGUCAGCCAGAGACUGGGUGUAAGUCUCGCACAGGCAAAGGAAAAAGGUCAACUAGUUUUCCUAGAAGGACUGAAGGAGUCGUUGUCUAUUUUGGAUCCUCAAGAAGCCAACACAGGAAGUCAAGCCAUCGACUUCCUCAGGGAUCCCGCUGUUGGCCUGCGGUGUCUGUACGAGUUCGUCCGCUCCAGUGUGAGCAGUCCUGGCGGUGGGGAAGAGGAGUGGGGACCCCUGGUGCUGCUGGUGGACGACCUCAGUGUGCUGCUGAGUCUGGGAGUGAGCGUCGGAGCCGUGCUGGACUUCAGCCACUACUGCCGAGCCACCGUCUGCUCCCAGCAACAGGGUAACGUGGUGAUGCUGGUGCGCUGCGAUGGCGAAGAAGACGAGGAGGACGACGGAGAUGAUGAAGGCUCAGAGAGACUCCUGAAGGGCCUGAGCCACCAGUGUAGCCUCGCUCUACAAGUACGGGGUCUCCCCACCGGCUACUGCAGGGACAUCCACGGGCAGGUGGAAGUGUGUUGGAGGAGGAGACAAGCUGAUGGGCAGCACACACAGAAGAAACUCUUUCAGUACAAGGUCCAUGAUAAAGGAGCGUCAUUCUUUGCUCGUGGGACGUCCAGCGCCGUUCUCUAGUUCCACAUCCAAGUGUCCUUGUUUGCCUUUUGCCUCUUCUACAUGUGGCAACUGACCGGCCACUUUCACUGUUGUAUGAUAAUAUCACCAGACAAUAUAAACGAUGGUUGAUUAGUUGCCAAAGUGGUCGGUGAGUAAGACAAACUCACCAGCCGUAGCGAAGCUUUUGGCCGGUCGUGUCUGGACCUCACUCUGUCUGGACGGUGGGCACAGUGAUCCUGCCGGUUAAUAGUCUGCUCACAGACCUCUGAGUUGCUGCACACUUCUCACAUUUCUUUUCAGCUAUUCAGAUAAGUGAAGUGAAAACAAAAUGGUAAUGCAGUCAGAAUAUCAGGCCAGUCUAUCGUAGGUGUUACUAAAGGCUUGUGCUUUUGUCAGUAUUCGGUCGUUUUCGUGUGUUGACUGUGUGCUUUGAAUGCACACAGUUUAUGUUUUUAAUGGUUAGUGAACACUAUGUGGCCAAUGGACUGAUAAUUGUUUUUAUUGGAUUUUUGUCUACUGAUUGGUUAGUUUUUCUGUUCAUUUUUUCUGCUUCUUGUAAUUUAUUUUUUGUAGUUUUUUCCUAAAUUAUGUUAAAAAUCUGCAAUAAACAAAGUACAUUGGU